GCGUCACAUCGCCAGUCUCUGUCAUGUGCUCGCUUAGCGAUGCUGCUGCUGCCGCUCCCUCUAAUGCUCGUCUCUGUAAUUCUUGUAUCUGGUAGGCAAACGAGGCACAUUGUUACAGGAGGGAUUCAAUCUCUUUUUGAAGACUUCAACAUAGUGACUGAGUCGCUUCUUCCGAGAUUCGCUGAGCCUAUUCCUAACGUGACGGUCACCAUAGGCAGAGACGCUCUCCUAGCCUGUGUGGUGGAUAACUUGAGAAGCUACAAGGUGGCGUGGGUCCGGGUGGACACUCAGACGAUCCUCUCAAUCCACCAUCAAGUAGUGACCCAGAACCCCCGCAUCUCGCUGUCCUACAACGAUCACCGCUCCUGGUACCUCCACAUCAAGAACGUCCAAGACAUCGACCGCGGCUGGUACAUGUGUCAGGUGAACACCGACCCUAUGCGCAGCCGCCAGGGCUACCUGCAAGUCGUCGUGCCUCCACGUAUCAUGGACAGGGACACCAGCACAGACUUGGUGGUCAGGGAGAACUCCAACGUGAGUCUUCAUUGUCACGCGGUUGGCUACCCUGAACCUUACGUCAUGUGGCGAAGGGAAGAUGGGGACGACAUCAACUACAACGGCGAUAUAGUAAAUGUGGUUGACGGAGAACUGCUGCAGAUUGGUCGAGUUAGCAGGUUACAUAUGGGAGUGUAUCUCUGCAUAGCCAGCAACGGAGUACCGCCUUCUAUCAGCAAGCGGGUCAUACUCAGGGUACAAUUCCCUCCUAUGUUGACGAUACCCAACCAGCUGGAGGGAGCGUACCUGGGUCAGGACGUGGCGCUCGAAUGUCACACAGAGGCCUACCCAACCUCCAUCAACUACUGGACCACGGAGCGGGGAGACAUGAUCGUGUCAGGUGACAAGUACGAAUCAGUGUCCGUGGACAACGGCUACAGCAAGUAUAUGAUGCUCAAAAUAAGAUCUGUGAACAAGGAGGACUUUGGCUCAUACCAAUGUGUGGCCAAGAACUCUCUCGGAGAAACUGAUGGUGUUAUUAAACUUGAUGAGAUACCUGCCCCUGUAUUGAAGCCUUUUGGCACCGCUAACUUAUCAGAAGAACUGAGCAACUACAUAUACAAAGGACGAGGAAAGUUUCAAGACAGUGAUGGUUUCGGGAGCAAUGCCAUAAGCGAUUAUCAGUGGCAAGAAUCAGAAUACGGAGAGUUCGGAUACAUUCCACCUUCCCCCCGGGUGCCCUCACCUGGACUGACUGACCGGGGAGCUGUCCACUUCAUCAGCUGUCAUAUGAUCUUCCUUGCCCUUCUGAUCAGCUGACUAUAUCACCAACAGUGGUGAAUAACCAUUCCUUAAAAGCCUACAACGUUGCCAUAUCUAAUGCAACCUAACUGCUGCAGGGUUGCUACAUCUGUAUAAUUAUAUGGUUGCUACAACACACGUCAUUUAGUUCACGUUUGGAGUAUUCACUCUCUUAUACUUCCGGCAAGUUACAUCUUCUGGAAGCAUAUGAUGAUUUAUUUAGUUUGUUAAAAAAAUAAUGAGGUAAUCUUACUUCUGUGGCUAGCAUAGUCAGGGUCAUGUCUAUCAUCUAAUUUUACAGUUCACACCAUGUCAGAAUAUUCUUAACACACUUAAUCUCAAUUUUGAUGCAGUUUUGGUGUAACUGAUUUAUAGCUCUUUGCAAAGAUACAAAAAUUUUUCAAGAUUUCAACACUUGUGUUGUCAGUGUUUUAUUCAACACAGUGUGAACCGAAAUCUUAUAUGGUAAUAAUAAAGAUUAUACCAAUUACAUUUUUAAUUUAAUAAGUUUACAAACGAAGUUGAAAAUUCUUUGCUUAUAACUAACAACUACUUAUCUUUAUUGUAACAAUCAUGACGUGAAAAAUUUCGUAAUAUAAGAAGAGUGAUUUAUCAUUAACCAAUAUACUUAGUAAUGGCAAUAGAUUUUGUGCAAGAUUGUUAAUAUAUCCUUAUGAGGGCUUCCGUUGAUUAAAAUACUCACAUAUUAAUGUUUCUUGUAUUAUAACAAAUAAUAUGAAUAAGAAAACCUUGGGAACCACUGUAAUAUCAGCUAAUCAUGGAAAUAUGAAUGUAUCAGAUAUCUUGUCUGCAAAUAGUUAUUUUAAUCAAUGAUUUUGUAUGCUUUCUCCGAAAAAUUAUGUAGAUUGAUAGAAUAUUUGUAGGUGUUUCCUCAAGGUAUACAUUAUGGUGCUACAUUUGACAGGUACGUUCUGUUAGAAAAAUGUUAUAAGAAACUUUAAAAUAUCCCAAGAUAUUAUAAAAUAAGAUCUGCGCAUUUUGGCUCGUUAGACUUAUAUAAAAAUGUUAUCGUCAUAUUGGUUCACAGCGGGGAUUUCCAACAUUAAAAAUAAUGGAAAUAACAAUCUUAAAUUUGAUUAAAAAUAAGUUUAAAAUGUUAAAUUCCUCACAUACUGUGCCUGAUACUUGAUGACAAUUUUUCAGUGCUCCAUUUUCUUAAGUAUAAAAAUAAAAUCAUACAGCAAUAACAUUCUUGGUGAUGUAACAUGUUUUGUAUUAUAGUUAUGAUGAUGUCCCUUGAGUCUUUUAUGAUAAAAACUAGAAUAGUAAGUAAAUACUGUAUUUUGUGUAAGCUGAUGUAUGUACAUAUACU